AUACAGACAUCUUUUGUGUUGCUGCAAACCUGCAAUGGUUCUUCGUUGUGAAUUCGCUUUGGAUUUGGUUCUUACUUAGCUUCUAAUAAUCUGCUGUGUGAGAUCUCCUUCGCCAAACUCCAUGAAUUGAUGGUGUUGUGAUGUGAAAGAAAUGCAAAUGGAGUUAGCAAGUGUGAGAAAAGGGUGGUUGAUGUACUGGAAUUGGGUUUGGGUUUGGGUUUGGGUUUGUGUUGAAAGGACGAAUGGAUUCUAUCUGCCGGGAACGUACAUGCACACAUACUCAAAUGGAGAUGAGAUAUAUGCGAAAGUGAAUUCAAUGACGUCCAUCGAGACAGAGCUUCCAUUCAGCUACUACAGUCUCCCUUAUUGCAAGCCCAGAGGCGGCAUCAAGAAAAGUGCUGAGAAUAUCGGAGAGCUUCUUAUGGGAGAUCAGAUCGACAACUCUCCCUAUCGUUUCCGCAUCAAUAUCAACGAGUCACUCUACCUCUGCACUACACCUCCCUUGAACGAAAAGGAAGUCAAGCUCCUCAAACAGAGAACUCGCGAUUUGUAUCAGGUCAACAUGAUCCUUGACAAUCUCCCUGCCAUGAGGUUUGCCAUGCAAAACGGGGUUCAGAUCCAGUGGACAGGCUUCCCCGUCGGCUACACGCCCCCGGACGCCACCGCCGACUACAUCAUCAACCAUCUCAGGUUCACCGUCUUGGUCCAUGAAUACCAAGGGGGCGAUCUUGAAAUUAUUGGCACCGGGGAGGGAGGUCUGGGAGUCAUUGCCGCCGAUCCUGACAACAACGACAAGCCAUCAUCCCCGCCGGGAUAUCAGAUUGUUGGCUUUCAAGUGGCUCCCUGCAGCAUCAAACGCGAUCCUCAACUCAUGACAAAGCUUCACAUGUAUGAUAACAUCUCCACCAUCACUUGCCCCACGGGCCUAAGCAAGUACCAAAUAAUCAGUGAGAACGAGAGGAUAUCAUUCACCUACGAGGUUGAGUUUGUCAAGAGCGACAUAAGAUGGCCGUCGCGUUGGGACGCUUAUUUGAAGAUGGAUGGUGACAGGGUGCACUGGUUCUCCAUCUUCAACUCACUCAUGGUCAUCUUUUUCCUCGCCGGCAUUGUCUUCGUGAUCUUCUUGAGAACCGUGAGGAGGGACUUGACCAGGUACGAGGAACUGGACAAAGAGGCUCAAGCUCAAAUGAACGAGGAGCUCUCCGGAUGGAAGCUAGUUGUGGGGGAUGUAUUUAGGGAGCCUGAACACGCGACGCUUCUGUGCGUGAUGGUUGGCGAUGGGGUCCAGAUUCUUGGCAUGGCUGCCGUUACCAUUGUGUUUGCGGCGUUUGGGUUCAUGUCUCCAGCUUCUAGGGGGAUGCUGCUAACGGGGAUGAUAAUUCUAUAUCUGUUCUUGGGAAUCGGAGCUGGAUAUGUGAGUGUGCGAGUGUGGAGGACCAUCAAGGGAACAACGCAAGGGUGGUGGCGGAUUUCGUGGUUUGCUGCAUGCUUCUUUCCAGGAAUUGCUUUCGUGAUUCUAACUGCAAUCAACUUUCUGUUGUGGGGCAGCAAGAGCACUGGCGCUAUUCCGAUUUCCUUGUACUUUAAGCUGCUCUUCCUGUGGUUCUGCAUCUCAGUGCCGCUCACCCUUGUGGGAGGAUUUCUGGGGACGAGAGCGAAGGAAAUCGAGUAUCCGGUUAGAACGAAUCAGAUUGCAAGGGAAAUUCCAGGAGGAAAAUAUCCAUCGUGGAUUCUGGUAGUGGGAGCAGGGAGCCUCCCAUUUGGAACCCUGUUCAUAGAGCUGUUCUUUAUCAUGUCGAGUAUAUGGCUAGGCAGGUUCUAUUACGUGUUUGGAUUCUUAUUGAUAGUAAUGCUAUUGCUGGUGAUGGUGUGUGCAGAAGUGUCAGUGGUGCUGACGUACAUGCAUCUGUGUGUGGAAGAUUGGAAGUGGUGGUGGAAGGCGUUCUUUGCAUCGGGUUCUGUGUGUUUGUACGUCUUCAUGUACUCCAUAAACUACCUGGUUUUCGACCUUCAGAGUCUGAGUGGACCUGUCUCCGCUAUGCUUUAUAUUGGAUAUUCACUUCUCAUGGCACUUGCAAUCAUGCUCGCCACUGGCACCAUUGGCUUCCUCGUCUCCUUCUACUUUGUCCACUAUCUCUUCUCAUCCGUCAAGAUUGAUUGACCUUCUCUUUUUGUCUAAUUCUUCAUACUUGAAACAACUUUUAUUUUCUUGCUAUUAGAAAUUAAAAUCAUACAUUUCUUUA